GCCUGGACCAGUGAUCGGGUGGGGAGAGCAGGCUCUGACUCCCAGGGAGAAGGAGACAGGAAGCGCCACAUUUGUUGGGAGCCUAGUGUUUGGUGGCGGGUUUUGAACCGAUGGGAUCCCCCAAGAGCUAAGGAUCGAGCCAGAAGAUUCGUGCUUUCCCUUAGGCCAUACUUCAGACUAGGACCCCUCAUCCACCAGCGCCCGCGCAGCCGCGGAGCCUGCAGGGACAGACUUCAGCCACGCCCGUCCCGCUGGCCCCCGUGACUGUGGAUGGGUUUGUGCAACAGAAGCUGGAGACGGGUUGUCCCAGAAGCCAGGACCAAGCAGGCUUCACCCCCCCGCCUGUCCCGAGUGAAUGGCUGGUCGAGGCCCCUGCACUCCUUCCAGGCGGUGGCCUGGGUCACGCUCCUCAUCAUGGCCAUUGCCAACUUCGGCAUCUUCAUUCCCUUCCUGCCACGUAACUGGAAGUACAUUGCCUACGGCGUGAAUGGCGGGCUCUUCUUUCUCCACUUCUUGGUCCACUUGAUUGCAGUUUCCAUCGACCCGGCCGAAGCCAACGUGCAGUUCAAGAAGAACUACUCCAAGCCUAUGCCGACCUUCGACCGGUCCAAACAUGCACACGUGAUCCAGAACCAGUAUUGCCACCUGUGUGAGGUCACCGUGAGCUCGAAGGCCAAACACUGUAGCGCCUGCAACAAGUGUGUCUCUGGCUUUGACCAUCACUGCAAGUGGCUCAACAACUGUGUGGGGAGCAGGAAUUACUGGUACUUCUUCUUCUCCGUGGCCUCCGCCUCGGCUGGCCUGCUCUGCCUGAUUGUCAUCCUGCUCUACAUCUUCAUCCAGUUCUUCAUCGACCCGGAGGAGCUCCGCACGCACCCCUACUACGAAAGUACACGUGCUCCUCUGUGGUCCUGCUUCCUCUUGGGUCACUCGCAAGUGUUAGCCUGUCCCUCCAGCCGCCUCUGUGAGGUCUCCAGCAAGAACACUUGGAUGCUCUUCCUCCCCCUUUUCCCUGUAAAGACAAAGACCCCAGUGAUCCUGGGCAUUGGGGUGUUCGUGCUGCUGUUGGACGUCAUCAGCCUCCUGCUGCUUGGGCACCUACUUAUCUUCCACCUCUACCUAAUGGUCAAGAAGUUGAGCACAUUUGAUUACAUGACACAGGGCCGCCAGCAACAGACUCCAAAAGCUUCAGCAGGAAAGGAAGAGCUGUCCUUCCAAAUAGGAUUCCCACAGCAAGCAGGUGAUGACCAGAGUUCAUCUGUACACAGAGAGAAGCACAAGGAGUCCCAGCCACUCCCGAAGUGCCCAAGUCUCUGUUCCACCACUGCCAUACACCCAGAGAGCUCCUUGAUGCUAGCGCAAGCAGAUGGCAACCAGAGUUCAUCCACACAGAGAGUGACGUCCAAGGAGCUCCUGCUGCCGGGUAUGCCCUCCUUUCAGUUGUCCGCUACCAUAUACCCAGAGAAUUCGUGGCUAACGGAGACAGACAGCAAACUGACAUCAUCUGCACCAGGGUAACAGACACAGGAGGAGAUGCUCCUGUCGCGGUCCGAGUCCUCAAGCCUGAGAUCCUCCGCCACCGCCAGCCCAGAGAGCGCCCUGUCGCUGCAGGUUUCAAAGGAUCAACAGCGAGAAACAAGGCAGCCUAUGAGAGUAGACGGUAAGGUAUCUCAAAGUCUGGCCAAGGAGCCCACGCCGGAGCUGCCCUCCUUCAAGAUCCCGUCUUGGGAGUUGGACCUGGAGAACCUCAUGCCCCUGUACCUGCUGCCAUGCAGCCACCAGAAUGUGCUGUCCAGGGAGGACACCCCCUCUGGGGGCCAGCAGAGCCCGGGUGGGGCGCCCGCCACCUCCAGCAAUGAGCCACGAGAGGAGCAGGCCGCCCAGGGCCCGUGCUGUCUCCAGGACAGCCAGCCUCCAGAGGCGACACUGGAGGUGGCUCAUGCCAGCGUCGCUCCGUUAGGCCAGGCUGAGGACCCGCCCGCAGCUCAGGGAGAGACCGGGGUCCCCCUGCGUACCCCCAGGGAAGCCCGUGAUCAUGACGCCUGAUGGCCUGGAGGGGCUCGCCACUGUGCUCAGAGGGCAGUGCAUCCUCAAAUGUCCCUGGCUGUCCCUCCUCCUGCGCAGACACCAGGGGUGCCUGGCAGCCUGUUCCUGCAGAGGGUAGCCCGGGCUCUGGCUGCGGAAAGUCAGGCCAAAGAAGGGAACCGAGCGCCUCCUCAGAUCCUGGCCACGCGGAAGCCUUCCCUGAAACUUGCAUCUCGCUCAGCGUGGAAGCCACGUUGUAAAGGCUCGGACAGUUUCCCAAACACGCCCACAUGUUGUGCGGGGACUAAGGGUGGACCUGGGAUGCUGUUUUCACUUGUGUUGAUUAGCAAUGGUAACUGUUAGGGACUUAAGCAGCUUUUAAGGAAAUUCUUCAGAACUUCUUAGGAAGUUGUAUUUUAGGAAAUAAUAGAAAUUAAUUUUAUUGGCAAUAAACUUUAAAUCGGU